GGCGGGGGAGGAGGGUGGGCCGGCGGGAGGGAGGAGUGGAGAUGGCGGCGCCGGCGGCUCCGGGGGGCGGGGGCGGGGAGCCCCGGGGAGCUGAUGGGGUCGGCCCGGGGGUCCCGGGGGAGGUGGAACUGGUGAAGGGGCAGCCGUUCGACGUGGGCCCGCGCUACACGCAGCUGCAGUACAUCGGCGAGGGCGCGUACGGCAUGGUCAGCUCCGCUUAUGACCAUGUACGCAAGACCCGGGUGGCCAUCAAGAAGAUCAGCCCCUUUGAGCACCAGACCUACUGCCAGCGCACGCUCCGAGAGAUCCAGAUCCUGCUGCGCUUCCGCCAUGAGAACGUUAUUGGCAUCCGGGACAUUCUGCGGGCGCCCACCCUGGAAGCCAUGAGGGACGUCUACAUCGUGCAGGACCUGAUGGAGACAGACCUCUACAAGUUGCUUAAAAGCCAGCAGCUGAGCAAUGACCACAUCUGCUACUUCCUCUACCAGAUCCUUCGGGGCCUCAAGUACAUCCACUCAGCCAAUGUGCUCCACCGGGACUUGAAGCCCUCCAACCUGCUUAUCAACACCACCUGCGACCUUAAGAUCUGUGAUUUCGGCCUGGCCCGGAUCGCUGAUCCUGAGCAUGACCACACCGGCUUCCUGACGGAGUAUGUGGCCACACGCUGGUACCGGGCCCCAGAGAUCAUGCUUAAUUCCAAGGGCUACACCAAGUCCAUCGACAUCUGGUCUGUGGGCUGCAUUCUGGCUGAGAUGCUCUCCAACCGACCCAUCUUCCCUGGCAAGCACUACCUGGACCAGCUCAACCACAUUCUGGGUAUCCUGGGCUCCCCAUCCCAAGAGGACUUGAACUGCAUCAUCAAUAUGAAAGCCCGGAACUACCUGCAGUCUCUGCCCUCUAAGACCAAGGUGGCCUGGGCCAAGCUCUUUCCCAAGUCGGACUCCAAAGCACUUGACUUGCUAGACCGGAUGUUGACCUUUAACCCCAACAAGCGGAUCACAGUGGAGGAAGCGCUGGCUCACCCCUACCUGGAGCAGUACUACGACCCAACGGAUGAGCCAGUGGCCGAGGAACCUUUCACCUUUGACAUGGAGCUGGAUGACCUUCCCAAGGAGCGGCUGAAGGAGCUCAUCUUCCAGGAGACAGCCCCCUUCCAGCCUGGGGCACUGGAGGCCCCCUAGCCUGGGCAGGCUCUGCUCCCUGGGGUCCCAGUGGGCCCUGCCUGCUGCCUGCCCUUCCCUUUGGACUGUUAGAAAGUGGACACUGUGCCCCGCCCAGACCCCCAGCAGCCUAGGCCAGGCUGAGGGCUUGCCAGCUGGCCGCUUGCCCUCGCUGUGCUCUGGCAUCCUCUUCCAGGAAGGCUUCCAUGCUCCCUCCUUACCUAGGACCCAAGAGGCUCAAGGGGCCCCAAAGCAAAUUUCUUGCUGUUGCUCUGCCUUCAUCCUGUUCCCCAGGUCCCCCCUCGGCUAGUCCAGUCUCUGCUAGUUCUGGAAUUGAAGGGCUUUGGCUGCCCUGGGUGGACUGGGCCCUGGGGGGCGCUGCGUAGGGACUCAGUGCGAGCCCUGCCCCCCACCUCUACUCAUUCAAACCCCACCCCCUUUUUCCUCCGGGAGGAACAUUUCCCAUGUGUCAAGGGCUAGUGUCCCUGAGGAACAAGGCUCGGGCCCCACCCCCCACCUCCCAAAGCUGCCACCUGUAACGCCCCCUGCUGCUUCUGUCUGUGGGUGACCAGAAGUGGAGGCGGGGGCCAGCGGAGAGCCCCUGCCCUCCUCCCCCCCGUGCCUGUAUCUAAUAUAUAAAUAUAGAGAUGUGUA